AAAUAAACAAAGUAUUGAAGGUAUCAGCCUGGUAGUCAAAAGCAAACAAUAUGAACCUUAUUUAAUAAUUUCGAUAUACUUCAACUGUUCAAUUAUAUAGUAAUCACAGGGUCCAUAAAAUACAAACGAGGAACUUGAACAAUGUCACUUGCAGAAGAACUGAGUUCUUUGAAGAUAAAUUUGGCUCAGACUAGGGAGAAGUUUGUCAAAGACUGGACAAUAGAUCAGUAUGAGCAGCUGAGGAGCCGACAGGCAAAACUUCAUAGAGCUAACUGCACAAAAUAUAAUGAUACUUUACUACAGCAUCAAGAAAGUAUAGAAAACCUGAGAAAAAACACUUGUUUAAAUGAAAAAGCACUACAAGAGAAAACUGUUAAGCUAGCAUUCCUUAAACAAGAAUUGGAACAGUUAUGCAAAGAAAAUGAUAAAGUUGAAAAUUACAAUGAAACAGUUUCUAUGGAAAUACAACAAGCACAACAAACCAUAACUUACAACCAAGAAGCUCUGAAAACCACAUCAACAGACUUGGACCAAGAACAUGCAGAUUUACAGUCACAGGCUGAUAUUUAUACACAAAGUCUAGAUAUGCAGAUGAAAAAGACGCCAGGUGGAAGAAUACAGUUUAUAUUUAGCUCACUUAACAGAAAAAAUCCUGACUUGACUUGUUACUUCUUUACAAAACUGUCACAGGAAGACAGAAAAUAUAUAGUUUCAGAUUGUGAACCAUCAGUGCCAGAUUUAGAUCAACUUGUUGACAAAUUGAACCAGACAAAUAACUUAAGAUCAUUUGUUGUUGCAAUGAGAAAAAGAUUUAAGCAAAGACUUGCAUCAAGAUAAUAAAUAUUUGUUUUUACUAUAAUCUAACAUGUUUUAUGGCCUGCAUACAAUAGUAGUGUUGAUAACAGACAAACCUCAGAUGAGAUUGGGGUACAAUGUCGUGUUGAUAACAGACAUACCUCAGAUGAUGUUGGGGUAUAAUGUCAGUCUCAAUAAAAAAAUUAUUUGUUUAAUGCAUUUUUUAACUUUUGAAAGUUUAAUUGGGUUGAUUUGCAAUAAUGAUUUACUUUUAUUUAUUGGAAGAUUUGGAAGGAAAGAAACCAGACUGGACUGGAUCAGAAUGCAAUUGAAUGUGAAAGUUGAAUACAAUCAUCUCCCUGAAACUAUACCUUCAUAAUUUUAUUGAUAGACAUUAGUUAACAUUAGAUGUGUACUCUGCUCUCUUGUUUUUAUGAAAUAAAUUUGUUUUUUAAUAUCAA